AAAAGAUCUCAACUACAUACAAUACCAACCCACAACAAAAAUUUGCUUUUUCGAUCUUCUCAAAAAUGAAACUAAAACAAACCAAAGUGAUGUUUUUCUUGUUAGUCCUAAUCUCUGCAUUAAUAUUGCAACAAUCGAAAGCUCAGAAAAAUUAUUGUUCGAGAACCAACAUAGACUAUAUACCGGGAUGUUUCCAUGCGUUGCAAUUAGCGUAUAACAAAGAUUAUAGUCUCCUAACAAGAAAUUGUUGCAGAGCAGUGUUUUCACUUCCUACUACUUGUGCCUUGCUUGUCUAUCCUGGCAAAACUUACCCUAUUACUACCUUUAGAUUAAUUUGUAUUUAUAGCGAUCCUCUUCCAGCAAUGUCUCCAUUAAGUCUAUAAGUUUUGUUUAUCU